UUCGAAAACUCUUGCUUCCUCCACAGCUUUCCUCGCAUCCGAGAGUAGUGUUGUGCGCAGCGGCUUGAGAUUUUCAGAUCUCGCCUACAAUGGCUACCGCGAAAAAUGUUAAGGACGUCUCUCCACACGAGUUCGUCAAAGCUUACGCCGCUCACCUCAAGCGCUCCGGCAAGAUGGAGCUUCCUGAGUGGACUGAUAUCGUGAAAACUGGUGUGUUGAAAGAACUUGCCCCUUACGAUCCCGACUGGUAUUACAUUAGGGCUGCUUCCAUGGCUAGAAAGGUAUACUUGAGGGGAGGUCUUGGAGUUGGUGCCUUCCGUAGGAUAUAUGGUGGAAGCAAGAGGAAUGGAAGCCGCCCACGCCAUUUUGGCAAAAGCAGCGGUGCUGUUGCACGUCACAUUCUGCAGCAGCUGCAGAAUAUGAACAUUCUUGAGCUUGAUACAAGGGGAGGGAGAAAGAUCACAUCCAGUGGCCAAAGAGAUCUCGAUCAAGUUGCUGGAAGAAUUGUUGUUGUUGCUCCAUAGAUUAAUCUUUUUAGCCUAUUGAAAACUUCCUCAUUGCGAAAAUGGUUGAACAGUUUUUUGUUUGAAAUGUUUCAUGCUUUUUUACUAUUCUAAUUUUUGUUGAAUUUUCAGAGAUGUACUUGGAUCAUUUGAGUUUUAUCUUAAUAUAUCAUCUAGUUAGCCACAA